AUGGGAACUUGCUAAGUUAGAGCACAGAAUAUCGAUAAAAAUAAAGAUGAUGAAGAUUAAAUCGAAACAACCUCACAACCAAAUAUUUAAUAAUUACAACUUACUCCUCUUGUCUGUAACAUAGUAGGGGAUUAGGAUAGAAUGGACGAUUUAUUCUUAGAUUUAGAAAGAUAACCCUCUUUAAAUCCUAUUUAACAGACCACAAAUCUAUAAGAAAAUGUAAAAUAAAUUAUUAUGGUAAGUUCCUUCUCUCAUCCAAGGGUUAAAUUACUCAUGAUCCUUAAUCUUAGACUUUAGACCAUGCAUAGCAAGCAAAUAAAUCACCGAAGAAAUCAAAAAACUUGAAUGCUAAAUUUAAAGAAAUGAUUUAUUGA